UGGAUCAAUAACUCCGUGGAGAGCUUUGUGCGCGACACGUUCGGUGAUGCGGUCUGGACAUCCGUACUGACGGCCGCUGGUGUCAGCGACAGCGGCGGAUGGGUGUCUUCCUGCCCAUACCCGGAUAGCGAAACCUACAAGCUCGUAGUCACGGCCUCCAACAUGCUGGGCGUGACACCCGCACAGGCGCUCGAGGCGUACGGCGUCUACUUUGUCGAUUACGUGACAAAGCAGGGGUACGGCAAGCUGCUUCAUACCUUGGGCAGCAACAUUGCGGAGUUUCUGCAGUCCUUGAAUAACCUGCAUCUGCACCUCACGAUGAGUUUUCCCGCCAUGUCAGCUCCGGCCUUCAAGUGCACCGGGGUGGGCCCGGAGUCCCUGGAGCUCCACUACCACAGCAACCGUCCGGCGCUGGGGCCCAUUGUGGUCGGGGUGCUGCGGGGCCUGGCGGAGCGGUACUGGGGCCUGGGGGACCGCCUGGGGGUGAAACUGCUGAGAGGGCGGGACGACGGCAGCGAGGAUCAUGAGGUGUUUUUAGUGACCUACCCCUACCAGGAGGCCCUCAGUCACUGGCAACCUGCAGCACCUGCGGCCGAAGGAGGCCCCCUGCCCCCCUCCCCCCUCUCCCCCCACCGCUUCACUGUGUGUCCAGACACCUUCUACUCGCUCUUCCCCUUCCACCUCCUGCUAGACCGGCAGUGCUUCGUGGUGCAGGCGGGGGCAGCACUCAUGCGCCUAUUUCCCGACUUGACCGCGGGGACGCAUCUGGCGGAUACGUUUCAGCUACGUCAUCCGUACAUUUCCCUAGAGUACGACACCAUCAUUUCGGAGCUCAACAACGCAUUUUUGCUGAAAGCCAAGGCAACGGGUUUGGAGGUCAAGGGGCAAAUGCUGCCGGUGCCGCUGCUACCACCCCACUGUUCGUCAUCCUCCGGCGGGGGCUGCGGCGGCGGCGGCGGCGGUGGCUGCCCUUUCGCUGCUGCGGCUGCCGCUGCUGCCGCAGCCGACGGCGGCGCCGGAGAGGGCUUGCUGUUCCUGGGUACGGUCCGUCUGUCUGGCCUGGACGACAUGCGUGACCAGCGGCUGUUUCUUUCCGACAUUCCCCUCCACGACAUCAAUCGGGACUUUGUGUUGCUGGCUGAGCAGCGGCAGGCGGAGGCGCAACUGAAGGAGCGAUUUGAGGCGCUCACAUUGGAACUCAAGAAAGUGAACAGCAGUCUGUGUGAUAUGACCCACUGGUUGGAGCAGGAGCGGGAGCGGUCUGACCAACUGCUGUACCAGAUGUUGCCCCGGCAGGUGGCCACAGUACUAAAAAGCGGAGCAAAGAUGCCCGCUAGCGAACACCCUGAGGCCACCAUCCUGUUCAGCGACAUUGUAGGGUUUACGGAGAUCGCCGCCCGCUGUUCCCCCCUGGAGGUAUGCUCCCUUCUGGACGAGCUGUACCACCAUUUCGAUACGGCCAUAGAGCAGUAUCCGGAGCUGUACAAAGUGGAAACGAUUGGGGACGCCUACAUGGUCGUGGCCAACGUCACCACCCCCUGCCCCAACCAUGCGGACCGGCUGCUGGAAUUUGCCGUACGUAUGCAUCAGGAGGCGCGUCAAGUGCGGUGCACUCUAGGAGAGAGCGUUCGUAUACGGGUGGGGAUGCACUCGGGGCCUGUGGUGGCUGGAGUUGUCGGCAAGAAGAUGCCGAGAUUUUGCCUCUUCGGAGACACGGUCAACACGGCGUCCCGCAUGGAGAGCCACGGGCUGCCGGGACAGAUCCACAUCAGCGACGCCUGCUACUCCUGUCUCAAGAACAAGGCGGCCUUUGCGAUUCGGGAGCGGGGCAACAUCAGUGUAAAGGGCAAGGGCAUGAUGCGGACCUAUUUGAUUGCACCGGCUGAGCAGGCAGCCUGC